CAUGAGCAACCAACAUCAUUAACAGUGCAACAACAAAGCGAAGGAAGGCGCAUAAAUUUCGCAAAAUUUUGUUGCUCCGCAAAUUGUUUAAACAAAAACGUCCAGUGUAAACAAAAAUUAUGUGAAUGUGCACAGUGUCGCCGACAUUUAAACAAUGCAAACGCGCGUGCAAUGAGAGCCGCCGCUGCUGCUGCGUUGACCAUGAAAAAUGCCAGCGAGAAAUUUGCGAAAAUCAAUGAAAGCCUUCAAAGCAAGCAAAAGUGUAACAGUAAUAAUAGCAACAACAACAACAACAACAACAAUAAUAAUAAAUAUUUCAAAUUAAGUGAAAUUGAAGGCGAUUCCGUUAUGCUGCGCUGCCCUCACAAUAGUUAAAGACUAUUAAAAACAACUCGGCCUCAGCUUUAACAGCUGCUCCCUACCCGCCCCCACCUCCUCCUCCACCCUCGCACACAACAACAACAACAUGGAUGGUCAACGUGCUCGCGAUCUGCUGACGCUUCUGCAGGAGCGCGUCGUAUUUCUCACUGGCGGACGCGACAGGCGCGGCGGACCGUUAUUAUGCUUUCCGGCAACGCCGCGCAGGGAUCGGCUUAAACCGGAGGAUUUGCGUCGCCUGCUCAGCUACUUGAUUAGCAUACCGAGCGAUGCGGCCAAGAAUCUCGGCUUCACAGUCAUCAUUGAUAUGCGCGGCAAUGGCAACUGUUCGACGAACGUGAAGACAAUACUGAAGGUGCUGCAGGAGCAUUUUAGCGCCAAUAUUCAUAACGUGGUGAUCAUCAAGCCGGACAAUUUCUGGCAGAAGCAACGCGCCUCGAUCAGCUCGAAUAAAUACAAAUUCGAGACGCAGACGAUAUCGAUUGAGGCGCUCAACAAGAUCGCCGAAUCGCAUCAGCUAACCUCGGAUUUUGAUGGCCAGCAGCCGUACGAUCAUCAACAGUGGACGGACGCACGGCUGGCGAUUGAGGAUUUCUUUUGGCAGGCCGGCGAUAUGGCCGAUCGCAUCGAUGAUCUGCAGGAGGACCUCAAUCGUAACGAUUUCGCCGAGGACGUCAGUCUGGCGCGGCACGCCAUCGAUCAUCACAACGAGAUGCGCAAAAAGAUCACCAAGCUGCCCAUCGAGGAUCUCGAUAUGCAGGGCAAAAAGCUGCUCACCAAGAUCAACAUGGCAGCGGCAACAAAUGCUGGCACAGCCGGACAGUGCGCUGGCGGCGCCGCCACCUCGGACUGCUCCGAUUCGGGCACCUCCUCCGCCGGACAGCAACAGCCGGGUACGCGCUCGGCUGGUCACAACAAUCCGGACAUGUCGGCGGCGAUUAACAAGGCGCUGCGUCAGAUUGACCUCAUCCAUUCGGGCCAGGAGCGCCUGCUGAUGCUCUGGCAGCACAAGAAGGUGAAGCUAGAUCAAUGCUUUCAGUGGCGGCUCUUCGAGCAGGACUGCGAGAAGAUGUUCGACUGGAUCCUGCACAAUCGUGAUGUAUUCCAAAUGAGCUACGUGGAGAUCGGGCACAACUAUUCGGGAGCCAAGCUGUUGCAGGAUGAGCAUCAGAAAUUUGCCGUCGCCUCGAUGAAUGUCAAUGUGAAUAUUGAUCGGAUUCUGGCCGUGGCAGCGCGUCUCAUCGAGAGUCAACAUUAUGCGGCGCAGCAUAUCAAGACGUUGGCGCAGCGCUUGGAUCGCACGUGGAAGGACUUCGGCGCCGGACUGGACGAACGCACCGCCGUUCUCCAGCUGAGCGUGCUGUUCCAUCACAAGGCGGAACAGUAUUGCAAUAGCGUGGCCAGCUGGGCGGCCGCCUGCCAGGCCUCGCAGCCGCUGCCCUCGGAUAUCCAGAGCCUGGAGACGGCGAUACGCACACAUCAAUCCCUGUACGAGGCCAUGUGCCAGGCGUACACCGAGGUCCAUUCGACCAGCAAGAAACUGCUCUAUCAGCUGGAUCAUUUGGUGCAUGUGUGCAAUCAGCCGCCGCCGCCGGGCGUGCCCGAUCAUCGCAAGAAUAGCGGUAACAGCGGCUACAAUAAAUACGAACGCCAGGAUCCGGCGGCGGACUAUAGCGAAGGUGCCAGCCAUGUCCUUGCGGUUAUACACCAAAUAUUGGGCCAUCAUCGCACGCUGGAGGCCAAGUGGCAUCAGGAGAAGAUACGGCUGCAUCAGACACUGGCGCUGCGUCUGUUCCAGGAGGAUGUCAAGCAGGUGCUCGACUGGUUAAAGAAUCAUGGCGAGGUCUUCUUGCGCAAGAACACAGGCAUUGGCCGGAAUCUGCAGAAGGCGCGAGUCUACCAAAAAUCGCACGAGCACUUCGAGAAUGUGGCCCAGAAUACGUAUAGCAAUGCGGAGAAGCUGCUCUCCGCGGCAGAGGAAUUGGCGCGCAGCGGCGAAGCCGAUCCCAAUGAGAUCUAUUCGGUGGCCCACGAACUGGAGCUGCAGGUGGCCAGCUUUGCGGAGCGCGUCGAACAACGCCGACGGCGACUCGAAAUGGCUGUAAUUUUCUAUACGCACGAGAAGGAGGUCAGCGCCUGGAUUGAAUCGCUGCGUACGGAUGUCAGCACGGAUGAGACGCGGUUGUCGCAGGAGAACCUCGAGGGCAUUGAGCGUUUGCUGCAACAGUAUCGGGAUCAGCAGGAGAGCACGGUGAAUACGUGCAUGACUCUGAUUGCCCAGGGCGAGGCGCUGCUGCAGGAGAUGCGCGCGCUCGAAUAUGUGGACAAUACGGGCUCGCUGGCCGCGCUCGAGGCCACGCUGGAGAAGCUGAGCAAGCAGAAAAUCGAGGUCGAGGAGCUGUGGUCGGCACGCAAAUUUCGCGCCGAUCUCAUCCUGCGUUUGCGCUACUUUGAGCGCGACGCCAUGGAGCUGUCCUCGCAGCUGGAGAUGUGGUCCGAGGAGCUGCAGCAUGCGGAUCUGUCGCGCGACUAUCAGAAGGCCGAGCAGCUGAUACGCAUGCACAACGAGUCCGUCACGGACAUACAGAACACCACGUACGAGGUGCUGCAGCAGGGCCAGGAUCUGUUGCAGCUCUUCGAGAAUGCCGGCUUCAUAUCGAUGGCAGAUGCCACGCAUACGGCGCAAGCGCGCAUCGAAUAUCUGUUGGACUUUUUGCGCGAACGCGAAAUCGAUCUAGAGGAACUGUCCGAGGCGAAGCGCGCCAAACUGGAGCAGGCCGUGCAACUGUGCCAAUUCCAAAAUGAUGCCAAUCAGGUUAUCUCCUGGAUACGCAACGGCGAGGCGAUGCUGGUGGCCAAUUUUCUGACGCCCAAUAGCCUGCAUGAGGCCGAGCAGUUGCGCAAGGAGCACGAACAGUUUCAGAUUGCCAUUGAGAAGACGCACACGUCGGCUGUUCAGGUGAAAUACCGAGCCGAUGCGCUGAUAAAUGCGAAUCACUACGAUCCGAAGUCGAUACGUGAAAUCAGCGACGAUGUUACCAAAAAGUGGCAGCAACUGGUCACCUAUGCCGAGGAGCGGCACAAGCUGGUGACGGCCUCCAUAAAUUUCUACAAGACCGCCGAGCAGGUGUGCUCCGUGCUGGACAGCCUGGAGCGUGAAUAUCGGCGGGAGGACGAUUGGUGCGGCGGCGGCGGCAGCAGCGACAAGGCGCAAACGAUUGUCCAGCUAAUAUCGAAGCAUCAGGAGCAAAAGGAGGCAUUCCUGAAGGCCUGCACGCUGGCGCGUCGCACCGCGGAGACAUUCCUGAAGUACGCGAAUCGAUCGCAGCAAUAUUAUCAAUAUCCGCAGGGCAAUUGCGAGGCGCACGUAAAGAGCAAACUGGACAAGCUGCUCACCCAGGAGAAUCAGGUGCUCGACUUCUGGACGUUGCGCAAAAAAUCUCUGGAUCAGUGCCAGCAAUUUGUGCUGUUCGAGCGCAGCGCCAAGCAGGCCAUCGAAUGGAUACACAAUACUGGCGAGGGUUAUCUCUCGUCGCGCACCAAUCUGGUGGGCAUAACCCGGGAGGAGACGGAAGGUCUGCUUAAGGAGCACAACGAAUUUCGAAGCACCGCGAAGGAGACACGCGAACGGGUCAAGCUGCUCAUUCAGCUGGCCGACAGUCUUGUGGAGAAAGGUCAUGCGCAUGCCAGCUCCAUUAAACAGUGGGUUGCCUCCGUGGAUCAGCGCUACAAGGAUUUCAGCAAUCGCAUGGACAGCUACUGUGAGCAGCUGGAGAAAUCGCUGGGCAUGUCCGCCCAGCAGCAGUUGCUCCUGCAGCCGGAUGGGGAUGCAAAUAGCUCGAUAAGCAGCACCUCGGGCGCGAGCAGCAGCACGGAUCGUCAUUCGGAUCCGACGCUGGAGGCGAAGCUGACCACGUCGGCUAGUUCGGCGGCCAGCAAGGAGAUCAACGAGGAGAAACGCAAAUCGGCGCGACGAAAAGAGUUCAUCAUGGCCGAGCUAAUGCAGACGGAGCGCGCCUAUGUCAACGAUUUGGCCACCUGCAUCAAGUGUUUCCUCGAGGAGUUUCGCAGUGGCCGGAAUGUGCCUGCCGCUCUGCUCGGCCAGGAGGACAUCAUCUUUGGCAAUAUCCGUGAACUACAUCAUUUCCAUCAGAAAAUCUUUUUGCGGGAAUUGGAAAAGUACGAGACCAUGCCCGAGGAUGUGGGCCAUUGUUUUGUCACCUGGGCCGUCAAGUUCGACAUGUAUGUGCAUUAUUGCAAAAAUAAGCCGACAUCCAACAAUCUGCUUGUGCAGCACGCGGGCAACUAUUUCGAGGAGUUGCAGCGACGUCUUGAAGUGGAGCAUCCUCUGCCGGCUUAUCUGAUUAAGCCCGUGCAGCGCAUUACCAAGUACCAGCUGCUGCUCAAGGAUUUGCUCUCCUGCUGUGAGGGCAGCCACGGUGAGAUCAAGGAGGGCCUCGAGGUUAUGUUAAAUGUGCCCAAGAAGGCGAAUGAUGCCAUGCAUCUGUCGCUGCUCGAGAACUGUGAUGUGUCCGUGGAUAAGCUCGGCGAGGUGGUGCUCCAGGACGCCUUCCAGGCCUGGGACACAAAGCAAAUCAUACGCAAAGGACGCGAGCGUCGCGUGUUCCUUUUCGAGCUCUAUCUGCUGUUCGCCAAGGAGGUGAAGGAGUCGAAUGUGGUCAAGUAUCAGUUCAAGAGCAAACUCAUGACCACAGACAUGGGCAUCACGGAGCACAUCGAGGGCGAUGAGACCAAGUUUGCGGUCUGGACCGGUCGUUCGCCCAUGCUCUCCGACUGUCGCAUUGUUCUCAAGGCGAACAGUCUGGAAACGAAACAAAUUUGGGUUAAGAAACUGCGUGAGGUCAUGCAGGAAACUUGUUUCUCGGGCACCUCGCUGACGUUGCCAAAGUCACCGGCCAAGAAUUCGGGCUCCUCGCAGCGAUCCUCGCGUGAUCUGGACGAGCCACUCACGGAGAAUGAUCACGAUCGCUGCUCCCUCGCUAGCUUUGGCUCGGGCAAUACCACAGAUAGUGAUAAUAAGCUGGGCAAUCAGGAGGCCACCUGGGUUGUGGCCGAUUAUAUCGCCAGUUCGGGCAGCAAUGAGCUGAGCGUCAGCAAGGGCCAGCAGGUUGAGAUUAUUGAGCCGCCCACAGCCAGUGAGCCGGACUUUUGUUUGGUCCGCCUUAAUCCACAGCAUGACGAUUCGGCCGUACAAGAGGGACUCGUGCCCGUUGCCGUGCUCAAACCGCCGCCAGGCGCUCACAAGCAAGGUUCGUCGGGAGCAGCAGCAACAGCAGCUGCAGCAGUAGGUGCCGCACAGAAGUCCAACAACGACAAUAGCAUGCAGGAUCAAGGGAAUCGCGGCAAGGCGGAUGCAUUGUCCUCGUCAACCAAGCGACGCGGCUUCAGUGGGCGCAAAUGGCUGCCGCAGCCGCUGCGUAAACUGUCGCAGACCAAAGUGGAGAAGUCACCCAAUGAGAAGGCGCUUUUGAAGAAGCCCUCGGAGAAGAAUCUGAGACUAACACAGAAGCACACCGAGGAGCUCGCCGAGCAGACGGGCAGCGGCGCCAGCGGCGGGGUUGGCCAAAUGCCACCGCAAUUCCCCAAUGUGAGCGUACAGCACCAGCCGGACUUUGAGCCCGAGGAGGAGGCCGGCCUGGAGCUGCCGCCGCCCAUGAAGCCCAUACAGGAGCCACAUUUGAUGGCCAAUGGACCGCCCGCCUUUCCCAAGGAUCUCAAGGAGAGCUCAGCCAAUUUGGCCAGCACCGGCAAAAUAGAGGGCAAUCCGCUAUCGGAAAUUGAACAAAUUGUCAGAAUGAGCCGGGAACAACACGAGUCCAACAGCCGCGUGGAUGGCAGCGUGGCAGGUGAGGCCGGCGGCGAGGGCCCGGGCGCAGACAAUGCGGCGACCAAUGGACGCGCCGAACUGGGCUUUGUGCAGGACAACAAUGACAAGAACAAACCCGAAACCAGCGAUAGCGAAGCGGGCGCUUUAAGCAGACGCCAAUUGGUGUUAAAUGAGCUCGUCGCGACCGAGGAAUCGUAUGUGCAGGAUCUGCAAAAGAUAGUCUACGGCUAUAUGAAAGAGAUACACAACAAAGAGAUACCGAGACCAGCGGAUCUGCAGGGCGGCAAAAUGGAUUUGGUAUUCAACAACAUCAAAGAGAUCUACGAGUGGCACAGAGAUAAAUUUCUGAGAUCCUUGCGCCAUUGCCAGAAGUCGCCGGCGGAUCUGGGUCCGCUCAUCGAUAGCUCAACCAAGAAGUUCCCCAUGUACUACUAUUUCUGCAGCAACAAGCCGCUGUCCGAGUUUAUAGUCAAUGCGCAUUAUCAGUAUUUCGAUCAGAUACGCCAGAAACUGGGACAUCGCAUGGAUUUGAGCACGCUGAUCAUAACGCCUGUGCAGCGCAUUACCAAAUACGGUCUGCUGAUCGAACAGAUACUACGGGAAACGAAACGUGCGGGUCUGCACAACGAGGUGCCCGCUUUGAUGAAGGCGUGGGAUCAAAUGAAGGAUGUCGUUAAGAAGGUCGACGACAUGAUGGACGUGUUGCGUGGCCUCCAGGACUUUGAUGGCGAGAUCACGGCUCAGGGCAAUCUGCUGCUACAGGGCACGCUCACCUGUGCCAUCGAUGCGGGCCAAAAGCAGCGCGAGCUGCAGGUCUUUCUCUUCCAGCAGAUCAUGAUCUUUGCGGAUAUACAAAAGGCGAAGACACAGUACACCAGCCCCAUCUACAAGUAUCGCACGCAUAUACAGCUCAAUCACAUGCAGCUGGAGCCAGUGAAGGAGGGCGAUUAUAUUUUUAGAGUCAAAUCAACGGAUCCAAAUAAGCCAACUGUUAGCAUCGAGUGCCAGGCGAGCUCCGAGAAGUGCUACGACGAGUGGCUGGGCAUGCUGAACGUGAUACUCGAGCAGCAGAGCGAUUUAAUAACCCGGCUCGUCAAUCCACUCAACAAAUGAACAAACAAAGAAACACACACACACGCAGUGUUGAAUUCCAAAAUGAUAUAUAAUAUAUAUUUAUAUACAGAAACUACAAUUACGCUGAGAGUAGUUCCAUAGAAAUGCCACAAAAAUAAAACAAACUGUUUUUGGGGGUCCUGCCCAAAAAAAUACAAACUCUAGCUGAGCGUCACACACACACACACACCACACACACACGGACACAUACUCAAGUCCUAAUUUGUAUGUAGCUUGUAAUUUAUUUAUUUUUUUGUUCAUCUUAUAAUAACUUGCAUAGAUUUAUGUAAUU